CUGACCCACCCGCAGGCUCCUCCACGCCCCCAUCCACUCCCACCAGCCCAAGGACUCGGGCCUGGACCGUGUUGUUAAGCCUGUGCUGGACAGGCAGCCUGUAACUCCAGCCGCUGCUCCCACCCCCUGCCCGCAGCCUGGGGAAGCCCCAGCUCGGCUGGACUGCCGACAAUGCUUCCCAUUCAGCUCUGUCCCUGCUGCCAAGCCCAUGGGCAGGGAGGGGGUACUGCCAGCGUCCAGUCGGGGACGGUCCCUGGUCUUUCCCUUGUGCGGGGCCUCCAGACAGGGCUGGCAGUUCCAGUCGGCAUGGAGGGGCCCCAGAGCUCCACCCCUGCCUUCAGGCUGCCGCUGCCGCUGCUGCUUUUGGUGGUGUCGCUGGGUCCAGCUUGGCACGUAGCUGCCCAGCGAUGCCCACAGGCCUGUGUCUGUGACAACUCCAGGCGGCACGUGACCUGCCGGCACCAGAACCUCACUGAGGUGCCGAACGCCAUCCCUGAGCUGACCCAGAGGCUGGACCUCCAGGGCAACAUGCUGAAGAUCAUCCCUCCAGCCGCCUUCCGGGACCUGCCACACCUCACACAUCUGGACCUGCAGCACUGCCAGGUGGAGCUGGUGGCCGAGGGGGCCUUCCGAGGCCUGGGCCGCCUGCUCCUGCUCAACCUGGCUUCCAACCGCCUGAGCCUGCUGCCCCAGGAGGCUCUGGACGGGCUGGGCUCCCUGAGGCGGCUGGAGCUGGAGGGGAACAGGCUGGAGGAGCUGCGGCCGGGGACCUUCGGCGCCCUGGGCUCGCUGGCCACCCUCAACUUGGCCAACAACGCCUUGGUCUACCUGCCCGCCAUGGCCUUCCAGGGGCUGCUGCGCACUCGCUGGCUGCAGCUGUCCCACAACGCGCUCAGCGUGCUGGCCCCCGAGGCCCUGGCCGGCCUGCCGGCCCUGCGCCGCCUCAGCCUGCACCACAACGAGCUGCAGGCCCUGCCCGGGGCCGCCCUGUCCCAGGCCCGCGGCCUGGCGCGUCUGGAGCUGGGCCACAACCCGCUCACCUACACCGGGGAGGAGGACGGCCUGGCGCUGCCCGGCCUGCGGGAGCUGGCCCUGGAGCACGGGGCCCUGCAGGCGCUGGGACCCCGGGCCUUCGCCCACUGCCCGCGCCUGCACACCCUCGAUCUCCGCGGCAACCAGCUCAGCAGCCUCUGCCCUCCAGCCUGCGUGUGCGUCGGGGAGACGCGGCACAGCGCCUGCGACGGCCGCGGCUUGCAGACCGUGCCCCGCGGCUUCCCCAACGCCACCGAGCUCCUGGACCUGAGACGCAACCACUUCCCGUCGGUGCCCCGCGCCGCCUUCCCGGGCCUGCGCCACCUGGUGUCGCUGCACCUGCAGCACUGCGGCAUCGCGGAGCUGGAGCCCGGCGCCUUGGCGGGCCUGGAUCGCCUGCUCUACCUCUACCUCUCCGACAACCAGCUCGCCGGCCUGAGCGCUGCGGCCCUCGAGGGGGCCCCCCGGCUCGCCUACCUGUACCUGGAGCACAACCGCUUCCUGAGCGUCCCGGGGGCGGCUCUGCGCGCCCUGCCCAGCCUCUUCUCGCUCCACCUCCAGGGCAACGCGGUGGAGCGCCUGGCGCCCGGGGACCUGGCGGGAGCGCGGGCUCUGCGCUGCCUUUACCUGGGUGCGAAUCACAUCAGCCAGGUCUCACCUGGGGCGCUGGGGCCGGCCCGGGGGCUGGAGAAGCUGCAUCUCGACAGGAAUCAGCUGCGAGAGGUGCCCACGGGAGCCUUGGAGGGGCUGCCUGCGCUCACGGAGCUGCAGCUCUCGGGGAACCCGAUCAGGGCUCUGCAAGACGGGGCCUUUCAGCCCGUGGGGCGGUCGCUGCAGCAGCUUUUCCUGAAUAGCAGUGGCCUGGAGCAGAUUUCUCCCAGGGCCUUCUCGGGCCUGGGAACAGGGCUCCGGAACCUGUACCUGCAGAAGAACCGACUUCAGUCCCUGCCUGCGCUGCCGUGGCUCAGCGGGCUGGAGCUCAUCGACCUCAGUGGUAAUCCCUUCCACUGCGACUGCCAGCUGCUCCCACUGUACAGGUGGCUCACUGGGCUGAACCUGCGGGUGGGGGCCACUUGUACCACCCCUCCCAGUGUCCGUGGCCAGAAGGUGAAGGCUGCAGCUACUGUCUUUGAAGCUUGCCCAGGCUGGACUGCCAGGAAGGCCAAGAGGACACCAACCUCCAGGUUCAGUGCCAGGAGAAGCUCUAUCAGCAGAAGACACUGAGGAACAGACAAGGUUGGCCUUAGGUGGGAGGCAGGGCUGGGUCCCAAAGCUGCUGGGAAGCCACAGCCCUGAUUUUUCUUGGUCCUGACUUGUGAUUCCUGAACUGGGUAAUGACCCAUGGUCCUGCUGCAUGAUACAGUAAUGUCCCUCUCCUCGCUGGACACCAGAGCAUAUUUAUCCUAGUCCUGUUUUCACUGGAUCUGUGUUGACUCCACCCUUGGCCACCCCAACCUCACAGACCUGGCAGGAGAAUGGAAGUUCAGGUGCUGGCUCUGCCUCCCAGCACCUGUCAGUCACAGGUUGAGAUGUCACCUGAUGUGAUAGUCAGGUCCUUGAAUGUUGGGGGUCAUGUGAGGGGACCAACAGGAAGCAUUGGAACUCAUGGAACACAGCUGGGCAGUUGGCAAAGCCACACCUGAGUGAGCCUUGGAGAGGCAAAGCCCCGAGGACUGGGUGUCCUGAGGACCUCAUGCUGUUAGUGAGCACAGCUCUGAUUGUUGUCUUCGUGACCACCAUGUCCCUCAUAAUCAAUGGGUUGUAUGAAAACAGGGGGCUCUAGCCCCUCACUGGGCAGUGUUAAUGGUACUUAUAAUAACAGUGAUUGACUUUUCCAAGCAUUGCUGCUGGAGCAGAUUAAUGAUUCAACCACCACCCUUAGAAAGAAUUGCGAGAGGUCGAAUUGUUAAUAAGAUUAGGUUGAGAUGUUUUUGUUAAUAGCUUUGAGGUGAAAAACCUGGAGAAACACCCCAAAGUUUAGAAGGGCACAUAGUUGAGGGAGGGACUCGUUAAGGUCAGGGAACAAGAACAGAGCAGCCCAGUAAUUAUUAGCUGACGUGCCUUUCUUGUUAGGGUGAGUUGGUGAUCGAUGAUGGUUCCUUGUGCCCAUUUCUGCCCUUCACUUUCUGAUAUAAAAAACUGUUGAUGAAUGAGUCUGCACCCUAGGACUUGAAGUAGAGCUGACUGGUUUUCAUAUAUAAACGUUUAGGUUUGUGAUUCAAGACUUUUUAUAGUCUUAAAUAAAUAAUAAAUGGCCUUUUCUUUGUAACUGCAAAAUGCAGCCUGCCAGUAAAAGAACUGGCUGAGAAAAAUACCUUGCUUGCUUAUACUCUGUUAAUCUAUAACAAGUUGUUUGGACAUGAAUGUAUGUGUGUUCUUGGGACAACUUGUUUUCACUUGUAAUAUGUAAAAUGUUUAAUCCUGUACAAAUAUGGAAAACAUG